ACACAUACCUCAACAUUGGCUUUAUUAUUGGUAAAUUACGAGAAUUCCAUUUAAUAAAACUACAAAAAAAAUAUUAUAAGUGUAUUUUAGACAUAAUUUCAAAAUUAUAGAUUUACAUGCACCCAUCAUGCACCUCUAUAAUAGUAAUUUUACACAUAUCUAGGUAUAUAGAGAACACAAAGAAAGUAGACUAGUCUAUCCAGAAAACCCAAUCAAUUUUUUAAUUAAAAUGACCAUAAAAUGACAGCCAACAACUGUCUGUGUAAUAUAUUCUCUCGUAGGACAGACUAUAUCGAAGAUUAUCCGAAGCUUAGAUCCGAAGUUUUGGACAACCCUGCGAACAAAAAAUUUUUCUUCUGUGGUAAAUCGUAAAUGUCAAAGAUUUUGUAAGUUUAGAACACGUAAACAAAGUCAAAAGUAUUUUCGAAAUUUAGAAGAAAAAUACAUAAUUAUGGGAGAUUUCGUAAAUCAAGAUUUUUACUGGAACAACCAAGGCGAAGUACCCGUUCAGCAACAAGGAUAUUACGAACAGGAUUAUCAGCAAUUUUCUAACCAACAAUUAGAGUUUAAGUCACACGAAGAAUUCGCCAACGUAUCAUAUACUCAAUACCCUGGCAAUUUUUACAACCCAAACGAUUAUGAACUACCUAAAGAACCCGAAGAUGACCUAGAUGAACCUCCACUACUUGAAGAGCUAGAAAUUUACCCAGAUCGAAUUUUAGAAAAAGUUCUGGCAGUGUUAAAUCCCCUCAGAGCCCAUAGUUUAGCCGACGACUCAGAGUAUCUUACAAAAGACUCCGAUUUAGCCGGUCCAGUUUUCUUUUGCCUUGCCCUAGCUCUCUUAUUAUUACUAGCAGGAAAAUCUCAAUCGUUCAGUUAUAUAUACGGAUUCUCUAUGAUAUCCUGCGUGUUAAUGUACUGUCUACUCUCAUUGAUGGCCAGCGCUGAGAAAUCUAUCACUUUCUCAACCGUUGGCUCGAUUUUAGGCUAUUGCCUGAUGCCGAUUAUUGGCCUGUCAGUUUUAGGUGUGUUUUUUAGAUUAAGCGGUACGGUAGGCAUUAUUUUGGCGGGUUUUACUGUCGUUUGGGCGAGUUUUUCAGCGUCCAGGCUGUUUGUAGCUGUGUGCGGUGAUAAAGAGCAACAGCCAUUGAUUAUGUAUCCGUCUGCUUUGGUGUAUGGCGUUUUUGUCUUGCUAGUUCUGUUUUAGAAUUGUAGCGAAAAGUAUAUUACCUUUAAUAUAGUUUAUUUUUUUUAUUUAUAUUAACAUCUGUAUAUAUUCAUUAGUAAAAUAAAAUAAAUUA